AUCACUUAUGACUGUUAUAGAUCAAAAAAUACUAAUGCAUGGUCUAAUGCAAGAAAUGGGAAGAGAAAUUGUGCGGCAACAAUCCCCUUCUAGGCCUGAAGAGUGGAAUAGAUUGUGGGAUUUUAAUGAUAUUGAUCGUGUCAUGCAAAAUGACAAGGUUACUCCCAAAGUUAAAGCUAUAGUCUUGGAUCUAGAAGAUUCACAAGGGAGGACAUUAAAGGCUGAAGCUUGAUCACGCAUGAGCGAUCUCAUCAGACUGCUCAUAUUUCGUAACAUGAAAUUUUCUGGAGUCUUGGAGGAUCUUUCGACGAAACUAAGAUAUAUUUCAUGGCACCAAUAUCCUUUUACUUGUUUGCCGUCAAAUUAUCGCCCAUAUAAGCUUGCGGAAUUGAAUUUGACUGAUAGCUGCAUCACAAGUAUAUGGGAUCAAUGCCGAGAAGGAAAGGUUUUCCGGAAUUUGAGAAACAUGAAUCUUAGUGGCUCCAAAGAUCUAACCAAAAUGCCAAAUUUCAUAGAAUUUCCAAGUCUUGAGAGGCUAGACCUUGAAGGAUGCAUUAAAUUAUCACAGCUGCUUGAUCCAUCCAUUGCUGAUCAUUCAAAGCUCAAGUUCUUAAAUUUGAGAAAUUGUAUUAAUCUUGUUAGUAUUCCCAAUGAGUUAUUUUCUCUCCUCUCUUUAGAAAUGCUAAAUUUAGCUUGUUGCUUCAAAUUUGCCAGUUGUCUUAACUUUUCUCCUUUUGAGGAGGAGUUUGGCGAGAGAGAAACUACUAGUAAAUUAGUUCCUCGAAAGAGACAAAAGCUAUGUAGAAACAAAUCUAUUUAAGUGCACUAUUUGGUACUCAGAAAUACAAUGCAGUAUCAGUAAUUGAUAUUCUUCUCUCUCUUACUUUCUCAA